AUGUCCUACGGCGGUGGCUACUCUCGCGGCGGCGAUCGCGGCGGUGAUCGCGGCGACUCCUACCGCUCCCGCGGUGGUUACGAUAAUGGCGGCUACUCGAAUGGCAACGGCUACGGCGGCGGUGGUGGUGGCUACGGCGGUGGUGGUUAUGGCGGCCGAGGUGGCGGCUACGGUGGCGGCGGUGGUGACCGUAUGUCCAACCUCGGCGCUGGCCUGAAGAACCAAGAAUGGGACCUCAGCACCCUCCCCAAGUUUGAGAAGUCCUUCUACAAGGAGCAUGAGGAUGUUACCAACCGCUCGGAGCAGGAGGUCCAGGAGUUCCGCAAGAAGCACCAGAUGGCUGUUCAGGGCACUGAUGUCCCUCGCCCCGUCGAGACCUUCGACGAGGCCGGUUUCCCUCAAUACGUUCUCUCUGAGGUGAAGUCCCAGGGCUUCGAGCGUCCCACUGCCAUUCAAUCUCAGGGUUGGCCUAUGGCUCUUUCUGGACGUGAUGUCGUCGGUAUCGCCGAGACCGGUUCCGGAAAGACCCUGACCUACUGUCUUCCUUCUAUUGUUCACAUCAAUGCUCAGCCUCUCCUGGCUCCCGGUGACGGCCCCAUCGUUCUUAUCCUUGCCCCCACCCGUGAGCUGGCUGUUCAGAUCCAGACCGAAAUCACCAAGUUUGGCAAGUCCUCCCGUAUUCGCAACACCUGUGUCUACGGUGGUGUCCCUAAGGGUCCCCAGAUUCGUGACCUGUCCCGUGGUGUCGAAGUCUGCAUUGCCACCCCUGGUCGUCUGAUUGACAUGCUUGAGGCUGGCCGUACCAACCUUCGCCGAGUUACUUACUUGGUUCUCGAUGAGGCUGAUCGUAUGCUGGACAUGGGUUUCGAGCCCCAGAUUCGCAAGAUUAUCGGCCAGAUUCGCCCUGACCGUCAGACUUGCAUGUGGUCUGCUACCUGGCCCAAGGAGGUCCGUCAGCUGGCCAAGGAUUUCCUCAAUGAUUACAUUCAGGUCAACAUUGGUUCGAUGGAUCUGUCAGCCAACCACCGUAUUACUCAGAUUGUCGAGGUUGUGUCGGACUUGGAGAAGCGUGACCGUAUGAUCAAGCACAUGGAGAAGAUUAUGGAGGACCGCUCCAACAAGAUCCUCAUUUUCACUGGUACCAAGCGUAUCGCAGAUGACAUCACUCGCUUCCUCCGCCAGGACGGAUGGCCCGCUCUUUCCAUCCACGGUGACAAGCAGCAGAACGAGCGUGACUGGGUUCUGAACGAAUUCAAGCAGGGCAAGAGCCCCAUCAUGGUGGCCACCGAUGUGGCUUCCCGUGGUAUCGAUGUGCGCGACAUCACUCAUGUCCUCAACUAUGACUACCCCAACAACUCGGAGGACUAUGUCCACCGUAUCGGUCGUACCGGCCGUGCUGGUGCCAAGGGUACCGCCAUCACCUUCUUUACCACUGACAAUGCUAAGCAGGCUCGUGACUUGGUUACUAUCCUCACCGAGGCCAAGCAGCAGAUUGACCCCCGUCUUGCCGAGAUGGUCCGCUACAGCGGUGGCGGCGGCGGCGGCCGCUGGGGUGGCCGUGGUCGUGGAGGCUGGCGUGGCGGCCGUGGCGGCUCCAACUACAACCGCGUGAACUCAAACCGCGGCUGGUAG